AUGUUACCAUUUAUUAAAUUAACCGAGUACCCAUUUGUGAUUUGUACAGUAUGCCGUUAUGCAUAUGUCACCAAGGAGGUUGAAUCGCAUUUAAAGAAGCACCAUAAGAGCAUCAAAGCAGCAGUCAGAAGAGAGAUUACCCAGCAAGUCAGGGAUUUGCCCGGCAUGAUUGAUGACAGAAGAGGGUUGUUAACGUGGCCAACGCCACCGCCGACGACCGACCCGAUCCCAUAUAUCCACCCGCCGGUCCCCGAUAACUUAGGUUGUGGCGAGGAAGGGUGUUGGACCGUGGUUGACACCCCGCGAGGCAUGCAGGAGCAUUACCGUAAGGAACACGGUUGGAGUAACCCGCGCGGGAGAGGCGGAAGUCAGCAAACGCGGAGGAUACAGGCCCAGCUGGUCCCAUGGCGCACCGGCGUCCAAAGCCAGCGGUUUUUCAGCAACGGGCCGGCCAGUAGUUGGUUCGAGGUCGGGUUUGGGGCGCCGGCCACCCAGACGGCCGAUGAGGCCGCCAUGAUGGAGCGGGCGGUGCGUGCCAUGGAGCAGAAGCAAGAGCAGUUCGAGCGAGAGGAUAGAGAGUGCAUCAAAGCCGCCGACGCAAAGACAGAUGCGAACGCGUGGUUAGAGCGUGUAGGAUGGGCCGACCAUUUGCAGGGUUUAGAUCCGGAAGCCAUGAGACAGUUGACAGACCCGGUCGGCGAAGAAGAGCAUGUUUUACAGUUGAUCCAGGACAGUAUCAUGCGGGUCAUGUUGCAGGCACGGAUUACAGCCACGCCCAGCACGGUCGGCAGCCAGGCAUUAUUCGAAGUACAACGGAAGGAGGUAGACAAGAAGCCGCGGCGGCCAUUCGACAACCGAGUCGAAGAAGACACGUGGGCACGGUACACAGCAGUUUGGGUCAAGUUGAUAUGUUAUGUAUACCGUGCCGAGACCAUGGAGGACAACGAGAGGCCCGGGUUCCGAUUAACGAAACGACAGGGGGAUACGAUGGACGAGUUGACGGAGUUAAUAGAGGAGUAUGUUGAAGACCCCGAAGCCAAUCCAUUAGAUGAGGAGCGCGUGGACGAGUUGACGCUGCAGGUCGUUAUGGCAUUGUUGGAUCACAGGUUAACGGCAGGUGAAUACCGCAGUGGUAUUAUCAGUGGGUUGGCCGUGCUGGGCAUCCGCAAAGACGGUGGAUGGAUGGAUGUGAUGGAUUACACGCCCAUGUAUUCAGCCGUGAUCAAAGUAGCGCGGGCCAUGGUCGUGUAUCAGUCGUAUCGGGAGAGGAAGGAAGAGGUGGCCCGAUUACAGCAGGAGAAGGGUUUAGGUGAGGAAGAGGCCGAGGAGGAGGCGACCAGCAUGUUCCGGAUCGUGCGUGAGAAGGUGCAGAGGUUCAUGACGGUGACAUCGAAGGAGACAUACGCCGAGCCGACGCCGAUGGAUUGGAUAUACGAGGCACGCACGUACGGCAUGUAUAUUCGGUUCAACACGCCAGCAGGCGGAACCGUGGAUUGGGAUGGCGACCAUAUCACGUAUAGAAAGACACGGUUCCGGAUGGCCGCGUUGACCGAGAUGUUGCAUGCAUUGACGAGGGAGGCGAGGGAGCAUUUAGCGACGUUGACGAUGGUGGAAGACGUGGACCAGUUACCGCGAAUCCCGUGGAAGGAGGUGGAGGACGAUCACAGUGAGGACCGGAUGGGGUAUUCAUUUUUGACCGAUGAACGGAACCGCGAGUGGGUAAAGAGAGGUAAGAAUUGGGUGAUGAACCAGAUCACCGAUACACAACCGGACGGGCAGGGCCAGGCACGACGCAAGGUGUGGAUCGACAACGGCAGAAGGGACGGAAAGCCAUUCCAGGCCCGGGCGGUACAGUCAUAUGGCCAGACAUUCAACGGGUUCAUGGAACGAAUGUUCAUGUUGAUGUACAUGAUGAGCCAGCCAGCACGGAUACCCGAGAUGUCGGGCAUCCGGCACCAGAACACCAUGAAUGGAGGGGUCAGGAACAUAUUGGCGCACAACGGCAUGAUGUGCGUGGUCACGUUAUAUCACAAGGGAUUCCGGUUGACGGGUCAGGCCAAGGUGAUUCACCGGUAUUUACCGCAUGCCGUGGGAGAGUUAUUGGUGUGGUAUUUAUGGUUGGUUUUGCCAUUUUGGCAGCAGGUUCAGGGUAUCGUCAAAGAUGCCGGUAUCCGCAGCCCGUUCAUGUGGCCGGAUGAAGUGGUACGCAAGGCAGAAGGCAGUAUCGUAGAGGAGAGGGAGGCAAGACGAGCGGCAUUGGAGAGGCACAGUCAGAAUGGCGGCGGCAUGCAUGAAGAAGACGAUGAUAACAGCGGAGGUAGUACAGAGAACCCGCAUGACCCCGAUAACCCCGCGAACGCCGAUGAUAUUGGGUUCCAGAGCUGGGUGCAGGAGCGGAAGUGGACAUCAGACCGGGUCCGUCGAAUCAUCCAACGGCACAGCAGGCGAUUAUUAGGCGUGACGUUAGGUAUCAGUUCAUGGAGGCAGAUUGCGAUCGCCAUAGCCCGUCGGUAUUUGAACGGUGCAUUUAAAGAGUCGACAUUGGAUGGGGAGGAUGAAGAUGACGAUUUGGAUGACAACCCGGUGGAUUUGCAAGCCGGGCACGCAACGCACGUGGCGGGCAUGGUAUACGCACGCGAGUUGCAGCAGGGAUUGUUCAGCACGGCAUCGAUGCGGGACAAGUUCCGAGCCGUCAGCAGGCAGUGGCACCGUUUGUUCGAGUUCCAGGACAGCGAGGAGAGUGGGGCGUCGGCCGCAACCCGGCGAAAACGAGCCCCGUAUGACACGGAGCGUGAGUAUAAUCGGAUGCAGCGGUUCAGACGAUUGCAGCAGGUCGAUAUUGCCGGUCAGUUACGGCAGAUGAUGGGGCCGUCGGCGGCGUUCCGUGGUCAGCAGGAGACGGUGAUCCGGGCGAUCAUACGGGGCGAGAGUCCGAUUAUCCAGAUCGCAGGCACAGGUGAGGGCAAGAGUAUGUCGUUUUUAUUACCAGCAUAUUGUGCCAACGACAACGGCGGGACGACAAUCGUGAUCGUGCCGUUGAUUUCAUUACGGGAUGAUUUACACGGUCGUUGUGAUAAGAGCAAAAUCGGGACAUAUAGUUGGAAGAGCCGCGAGGGACACCAGAUUGCCCCAAUUAUAUUCGUGACGCCCGAGUCAGCGGUGACGAAGGAGUUUGGCGAUUUCGUAAACCGAUUACAAGCACGGUUGGAUGAGUGCCACACAAUGUUGGACAGCACCGCCCGAUUUCGACCGCAGAUGAUGGAGUUGGGUCAGGUUUUGAACGAAUGGGGUGUGCAAAAGGUUUUUUUAACGGCCACAUUACCGCCCGGCGAGGUAGAGAGGUUUUGCGAGGUCGUCAAGUUGCCGGCAAGCCGUGGUAGUCGAAGCGCAGGCGACACCGCCACAGCCGAAACGACGUCAACAGCAGGGGGGAGGGGGUAUAAAAAUCAGGAAGUCGGGCCGGAAGAGGAUGCAGAAGACAGGCAGGUUGUCAAGACGGUACGAGAUUGGUUAUAUCAACACAGUAACGGCCGAGUUAUCGUAUAUGCAAGCGCGAUCGAACGGGUUGAGCGGUUGGGGGAAAGGUUGGAGUGCGAUGUAUAUCAUUCAAAAGUAGAUACAGCAGUCGGUAAGGAGCAACGAUUACGAAUGUGGAUCGAAGGUGGGCAUUUAAUUGUGGCGACAAAUGCGUUGGGGUUAGGCAUAGACGUGCCAGACGUUCGGUUGGUCAUACACGCCGGCAUGCCGAGUCGAUUACGGGAUUACGUGCAAGAGAGCGGACGGGCGGGAAGAGACGGUGAGCCGAGUGAAGCAAUUGUCGUGGUCGAGCGAGCACGGGCGACGAUAAGCAGCAGUUGGCCGCCGAAAGAGGCGGCGGUAGAGAGGCUUAUCAGCGGAAAGUGGUGUCGCCGUGUGGUAUUGGAUCAGAUGAUGGAUGGUCGAUUGGAUCGCGCGGGUUGCGACGACAAGGUGGAAGAGAUAUGCGAUAUAUGCCGGCGACAGAGAGAUCAGUUGAUGUUUGAAGCGGAUAUAUCGUGGGUUGAGAACGAGGACACAGGUAGUGGGAAAGGCAUGGAAAUGGCAGAUCAAUAUGGAGGACAGGUAACAGAAGGAGAGAUCCAGGCACGAUUUGAGCAGGCCGGGCGGAGCAUACGAUACGAGCAAUUCAAGGCGAGGCAAGACGAGAUACGCAUCCAUCAGGAGGUGGAGACAUUCGAGCAAGAGUUGGGACAUAUGGUCGGCCGGUGCAUAGGUUGUUUCAUGGCAACAGGCGUUAUAGAGGAAGAUCAAUUACACAGGAGAGAUGAGUGCCCGUUAUGGGACAAGAGAUGGUGGGAUGACAUGGCGCGAGCGGAAGAGAAGUGGCAGAAAAGCAUGUUUACAAAAGGGGUCAUGGCGGAUCAUUCCGGUUGUUUUUGGUGUGGCAUGCCGCAAGCGAUUUGCACACAUUGGGAGCCGUUGGACAACGAUCAAGGAAGAUUCAAGUUAAAGAAGGAUGGGCAUGCGUUUUUUGGGUUUAGGGCCGAAGACCGCGUAGAGCGCAGUGGCGGGAUGGGAUUGAAGCGAGGUCAGAUAGAGUUUGAAAUAGAGCGAGAAGAGAUACGGAGGCGGCGGUUCGAGCGAUUGCAUAGGGCCGAUAUGAGAGGGCAGUUAAAGCAGAUGAUGGGCGAGUCAGCCGAGUUUCGAGGGUUGCAGGAGGCCGUAAUCCGAACCGUGGUGCGCGGGGAUGGGCCGAUUGUGCAGAUAACGCCGACCGGAGGUGGCAAGAGUUUGACAUUCAUGUUGCCGGCGUUUUGCACGCCGGACGGCAUGACAAUUGUGGUGACGCCGUUAGUGGCAUUAGAGAACGACAUGGAGGAGCGGUGCAGAAAGAUGGGGAUUGACGGAUAUGUGUGGAAGAGCCGGGGAGUGCAACGGGGUGCAUCAUUGGUGUUCGUGACGCCGGAAUCGGCCGUGACGAAAGGGUUCCGAUCAUUCGUGGAGAGAAUGCAUGGGCAGGAAAAGUUAGACCGGGUCAUGGUGGAUGAGUGUCACACGGCAUUGGAGUGGACGAAAACAUUCCGGCCGCGGAUUGGGCAGUUGGGGUCAGCAUUACAGGAGUUCGGGUUACAGGUCAUUUGUUUAACGGCGACAUUGAAGAGGACAGAAGAGCGGUUGUUAUAUGCACAGUUAGGGUUUGAAGCCGAACGCGUGCGUUUAUUCCGAGAACGAACGACACGGCGGAAUAUUGAGUACCGGGUGGAGAUCAUUGAGGAUAGGGAGGGGGAAGGAGUAGGCCGCCGCAGUGGUGGUCAGCGAUCGGCGCAGGAAGGGGCAAGACGAUGGAAGCAGAAUGGAUCAGCAGCAAAGAACAACAAAGGUGAAGAGGAGGAUGAGGUUAUAGAGCGUGUUUGUGAAGUUGUAAAGACGUGGACAGAAGUAAAUCACAAUGAGGGAAAAGUGGUUAUAUAUGGAGGCACAAUCGAGAGGGUGAAGAAGAUCGCAGCAUCAUUAGAUUGUGUUGGGUAUUGGAACAAGGCGGGAAGUGCGGAGGAUAAAGCAAGAUGGAUGGAGGAGUGGAGAACAAGUGUUGGGGGAAAGUCCGGUUGGAUCGUCGCGACAAACGCAUUGGGAUUAGGGGUUGAUGUGCCGGACGUCAGUGAGGAGGGUGCGGUCAGCAAGCAGGCGUAUGAGUGGGAGGAAGACGUUGUGGAGUUUGUAGAAGGCAAGGAGUGCCGGCGUGAGGUUUUAGACCGCGAGAUGGAUGGGUUUAUGGGACGGGUAGGGUGUGAAGUAGGUGAAGAAGAGCGUUGCGAUGUGUGUAGGGAGCGUGCAUUGCGGAUGGAAGCACAAGUAUCAAGGAGAGGUACAUCAUGGGUCAGCAUACAGAGUGAAGAGGAAGAGGAGUUGGCGAGGGCAGCAGCAGCAGUUGAGGCAGAUUAUGAGAGGAGCAAAAGGUCAAUUCAGUGGGCAGAGAUGGAGCAGGUAGCACGGGUAAUGAAGGAAGCAGAGGACGCGGCAGAUUUCGAGGCGGAGUUAGACGAUUGGAGCGGGCGUUGCAUUGUAUGCAAAGUGGGAGGGAGCGAGGACGAGGUUUAG